CUGCGUUUUGGUGUUAUUAACUGCAACCUUUGACCUAAUAACAACCUUUGACCCAGCAAGAUGGCGGACAGUGACGGAAUUUUGGUCAGUCCGGCUCCCGGUGUGACUAGAGACGCUCUAGCGGAUGGCAUGAUGAGACUUCUCCGGCCUGCUGUAGAAGAGUUGGACGAUAGAGUGCGCGGUGUCAGACAGAGUCAGCUGGAGCUGAGAGAACAGAUCGAUGGUUUAUGUGGAGAGUUGAAAAAGAUAAAUGAAGAGCAGCAGGUACCGGUAGAUUUGGAGCCGUACGUCAAGAAACUGAUGAACGCCCGGAGAAGAGUCAUGGUGGUCAACAACAUCCUGCAGAAUGCUCAGGAGAGACUUGGUAGACUCCAUCAGAGCGUUUCCCGGGAAACCGCCAGAAGAAAAGCUUUACUGGAACCUCCUAAUGCUGGACCAGUCAUGUGAUCAUCAUACAAUCAUCAUCAACUUGUCAUCAUUAGCUUUAGCCUGUUAUCCAUCUGUACCUACCGGCAACUGGGUCUCAAUUCAUUUCCCAUAUAUACUUAAGCUUACAUGUAUCAGAAGUAAAGUCUUUGUGAACAUUCAUUCAAUUGCUCUCUAUUGUCUGUUGCUUGCCAUCUGACAAGGGUUCUGUCCUACAAACUAUGUAGGUUGGGGAGGUAAAAAUCUGCAAGAUUGUGCAGAGAAAAAAUUCAUUUGAGUUACCAACAGUGUAAUUGAUAAAUAUGAUUAGUGCUUAUGAAAUUAUGAAAUGUACAGACUUUGUGUAGACUGGUUUGUUGAUUGCUUUAUUUGUAAAGAAACACAUGCAGCCAGUGUCAAGGGCUCUGCACAAAUUUGAUCUUUUUCUAUACCAUAUAUCAUACUGUUAUGGCACAACCAUAUUAAAAGAAUGGAAAGUCAUGUCAAGCAGUCACGUUUAGAUGUGAGUUGCAACAGUUGGUCUUCUAAAUGCAAACAUAAAAUGUAUGGAGACACUUAAAAGUGUUCUAUAAUAAUUAUUCAAUGUAAUUUGUUACUUAUGCCUGAAUACUUAUGCCUGAAUACUUUUCAUUUGGGAUAUACAUAGUGUGGAUAUAUUAUAAUUAAAUGAACAGAUUGACUAUUAGCUAUGAUUGUAUAAAGUAUAGGGGAACAUAAAGAUUUCAAUAUUAUCUUGAUAUGCAUUUGUCCAACCAUAUAAGUCACACAUCAAAGUCUGAACUUAGUCCAUUUCAAUACAGUACGGCUCAACCCAUAAAAUUAUACAUGAUCCUAAAAAACACCAACAUUUUAAAAUUCAGUAACAACAACAUGAUGUUUCCAUAUGCUGAC